AUGGCGACAGAAAACGGAGCAGUGGAACUGGGAAUCCAGAGCCCAUCAACAGACAAGGCACCUAAAGGUGCAGCAGGUGAAGGACCCCCAGCUGCAGAGAAAGACCCUGAUCCCCCAAACCCAGAGAAAGAACUUGGUCCCCCAGACCCAGAGAAAGAAAUUGGUCCCCCAGACCCAAAGGAAGAACCUCAUCCACCCACCAUGAAGAAAGAUGCUGAAGCCCCAGCCCCAGAGAAAGGGGAUAGUGCAUUGGCCCAACCCUCAACCAGCAGCCAGGACCCCAAGGGAGAAGGACACCGGGGUGGGGGGCCUGCGGAGGGCAGUGCUGGGCAGCCGGCCGCCCUGCCCCAGGAGACCGCGACAGCCGAGGUCAGUGUCAAGAAGCCCGAGACCAAGCAGGGGACCCCAGGCAGCCAGGACCUCGGAGAACCCAAGCUGCACAAGAAGGCAGCAGAGGGCCAAGCAGCAGCCAGGAGGGGCUCACCCGCCUUUCUGCACAGCCCCAGCUGCCCUGCCGCCAUCUCGAGCCCUGAGAAGCCGCUGGCUGAGAAGCCCCCAGAUGAGGCAUCAGAACUCAUCUUUGAAGGGGUGCCCGUGACCCCAGGCCCCACGGAUCCUGAGCCAGCCAAGGUAGCAGAAGGAGAGAAGAACCUCCCGGAAGGCAGCCAGAAGGAAACAGAAGAGAAGGUUCCAGGCCAAGCUGGCCAGGCUGAGGUGCAAGGGGACACCUCGAGGGGGAUCGAGUUCCAGGCUGUUCCCUCGGAGAGAUCGGAGGUGGGACAGGCCCUCAGUCCCACAGCCAGGGAGGAGGACUGCUUCCAGAUUUUGGAUGACUGCCCACCACCCCCGGCCCCGUUCCCCCACCGCAUCGUGGAGCUGAGGACUGGGAACAUCAACAGUCAGUUCAGCCUGAACUCCAAGGAGGCACUGGGCGGUGGCAAGUUUGGAGCAGUCUGUACCUGCACAGAGAAAGCCACAGGCCUCAAGUUAGCAGCCAAGGUCAUCAAGAAACAGACACCCAAAGACAAGGAAAUGGUGAUGCUUGAGAUCGAGGUUAUGAACCAGCUGAACCACCGCAACCUGAUCCAGCUCUAUGCAGCUAUUGAGACCUCGCACGAGAUCGUCCUCUUCAUGGAGUACAUCGAGGGCGGCGAGCUCUUCGAGAGGAUUGUGGACGAGGACUACCAUCUGACUGAGGUGGACACCAUGGUGUUUGUCCGGCAGAUCUGCGACGGGAUCCUCUUUAUGCACAAGAUGAGGGUUCUGCACCUGGACCUCAAGCCAGAGAACAUCCUGUGUGUCAACACCACGGGCCAUUUGGUGAAGAUCAUUGACUUCGGCCUGGCACGGAGGUAUAACCCCAACGAGAAGCUGAAAGUGAAUUUUGGGACCCCAGAAUUCCUGUCACCUGAAGUGGUGAAUUAUGACCAAAUCUCUGAUAAGACAGACAUGUGGAGCCUGGGGGUCAUCACCUACAUGCUGCUGAGUGGCCUCUCCCCCUUCCUGGGAGACGAUGACACCGAGACCCUGAACAACGUUCUAUCGGGCAACUGGUACUUUGAUGAGGAGACCUUUGAGGCCGUGUCAGACGAGGCCAAAGACUUUGUCUCCAACCUCAUCGUCAAGAACCAGAGAGCCCGGAUGAACGCUGCCCAGUGCCUCGCCCACCCCUGGCUCAACAAUCUGGCAGAGAAAGCCAAGCGCUGUAACCGACGCCUCAAGUCCCAGAUCUUGCUUAAGAAAUACCUCAUGAAGAGGCGCUGGAAGAAAAACUUCAUUGCUGUCAGUGCUGCCAACCGCUUCAAGAAGAUCAGCAGCUCAGGGUCACUGAUGGCUCUGGGGGUCUGAGCCCCAGGAGCAGCUGAGGCCUGGACGCAGCCGCACAGUGGCCGGGGCUGAGGCCACACAGCCCAGAAGGCUGGAGCAGACGGGCCAGAUUGCCGGGGCUGACUGGCCAGGACAAGGCUGCACCAGGCUGGGAGGCUCGGGGCUCCCGUGCCCCCGCGCAGUGACUGCUUCCCCGACGUGCGCUGCCUCGGAUAUGGCCUGACUCCAUCCUGCUACUGCCUCCCCAGA